AUGGUCAAACCAUUGACCAAACAAGACGCCAAACACGACUGUUAUCUUUAUGUUAUCAAAAAGCAAGAAAUAAACAACGCUAUCAACUUUACAAAAGAUAAUAUUAAAGAUGCAGAUACAUCUGGAUUACAAAGAGCUACAGUGUCUACCGCGAUCUGCGUUCAAGCGCAAUGGACUGCAAGAUUGCCAGUUCUUCCAGCAGGGUUCUAUACGGUACCUGUGCCGGGCAGACUGCUGCUGCCCCCGGCCGUGUCCGCCGUGCUGUCCGCCAAAGGUAAGCCUUCGGAUGGAGGUAACAGAGUGGUGGAGGAAGGCGAAGAAAAAAAGAGUGAAAAGGAAAAUCAGUUGAAGCGAAUCAAGAGUCGCGAGUUACGUGGUGGCAUCAUGUACUACAGUUGUCAUUGUAUUAAGCGAAAUGGGCUCCAGCACGAUUGUCGCCGCACAGGAUGCGGUGGCGAGCCCGCGUGUCUUGUCCUACCCGACCCAUUGUGUGCGCCCAGUCAGUUGGCUCGCGCUCGCGGUCUCGCCGACCCUGCUGCGCUGGCAGCUCACACUCAGGCUCAAGGUGGUGGUGGCUCAGGUGGACCAGCAGAUACUAGCUCUGGAGGAAAGAAAUUUAUCGUCUGCGAGCUAAAGGGUAUUAUUCCCGAUGUAGCCGUGGAUAAGAGCGGGAAAUGCUGUUGUUCUGCACCGAGAGAGGGAGGCGCAGCGAGCGGCGGCCCGGCACCUGGUUUACCUAUGUUGGUGAUGAAGCUUUGCUGA